CUCAACAUCCUAUAAAAAUAUUCACUUCAUUAUUUUAUUCAUUCAUAUUCAUAUUAUAUAACAUAUAAUUAUUUUGCAUUGCUUGCCAUGUAAUUCAAGAUCAAUUUCACAAAAUUUUCAAGAUUUUGGAUGAAAUCUGGUCGGAUCUUGCUUUGUGGGAUGUGGAUUUUGGUGGGUCUUAUUUCUCUACAAAGCUCAUCUUUCAAUCUCAUCUUCCUCUCAUAAACAAACCAAACCAUCUUCCUUUCAUUUCAUUACCUUUUUCUUCCAAAAUGGGUAUGGCUGCAACAGAAUCACAGUUCCAUGUUUUAGCCGUUGAUGAUAGUAUCAUAGAUAGAAAACUCAUUGAAAGACUCCUUAAAACCUCUUCUUAUCAAGUUACUACCGUUGAUUCUGGUAGCAAGGCUUUAGAGUUCUUAGGUCUAUGUGAACAUGAUCAGAAUCAUCACACCAACCCAAAUACACCACCUGUCUUUCCUAACAAUCAUCAGGAAGUGGAAGUUAAUCUUGUUAUAACAGAUUAUUGUAUGCCCGGCAUGACAGGCUAUGAUCUGCUCAAGAAAAUCAAGGAAUCAUCAUCAUUGCGAAACAUACCAGUGGUGAUUAUGUCAUCUGAAAAUGUGCCUUCAAGAAUUAAUAGAUGCUUAGAGGAAGGAGCAGAAGAAUUUUUCUUGAAGCCUGUGAGGCUAUCAGAUUUGAAUAGACUUAAACCUCACAUGAAGAAAACCAAAUUGAAAGAUCCAAGAAAUGAAACAGAAGAAAAGAUUGAAAACUCAGAAAUUCUACUGCAACAAGAAGCACCAAAAUCUCAAUAUUCACAUUCAGAAUCAGAAUCAAAAUCAGAAUCACAGUUACAAGCACAUUCAACUAUUGAUCAACAGCAACAAUCACUACAACAAAACAACAAUAAUAACAAUAAUAACAAGAGAAAGAGUAUGGAACAACAAGGACUUUCAUCUGAGACUGAUAGAACAAGACAAAGAUACAGUGGCAUAGCUACUGUUGUAUGAUGAUAAAUCAUGUGGAAAAUAAUUUUUCUUGAAUUUCAAAGUGUAAUUUUUAUUUAACUUUUUUUUUUUAAAAUUAAAUAUUAACUUGGGUAGUGUAGAGUUGUUCCAUGUAAACAUUUGUUGAAAAUAUUCCCUUCCAAUUUUGUUUCAUAUGAAAAUGAAAAGAAAAAAAAUAUUGAAUGUGUAAGAUAACCUUAGAUAAGAACAUGGUUGUUAUUAAUG